GGUAAAUGUCGUCUUUGUUCAUUCUGAGGAACGACCAUUACCUAUACAUUCUGUACAAUACACACGCUCUUUUGUUCCGCAGCCAAGCUAGCUUACAAAAUCACAAGCCAUCAAGCGACAUCAACUGCAGCGCUUCUUCUGAGAGGCCCCUCCAAUCUCCACACCUCCUCACACAAUGAAGGCAUUGUUGGUCCUCGUGCUAGCACUGCUGCUCCCCCUAGCAUACUCCAAACAGACCAAAGCUACUCUCUCUGUCUCAGAUCAAAAGGAAUGGAAGAAACUGCUCAAAACGCACACCAAUAUCCUCGUGUUGUUCACUAGCAGUGACAAGCCGGUGGCCGAUUUCCUACCAACUUUCGACAAAGUAGCCGAUCGAAUUCGCGGCAAAGGAACGCUAGUGUACGUUGACUGCUCCAGCAAAGACAGCAAGAAACUGUGCAAGAACCUCAAAGUUAAACCCAAUCCAUUUGCUCUGAAACACUACAAAGAUGGCUCCUUCAACAAAGAUUACGAUCGACUACUGCAAGAGAAAUCGCUCUAUUCUUUCAUGGAGGACCCUAGUGCAGACCCUCCCUGGUCUGAAGACCCCACGGCUGAUAACGUGAGGCAUCUCACUAGCUCUAAGGACUUUGAGCAAUUGAUGAGGAAGGAGAAGAAACCAGUUCUAGCCAUGUUCUAUGCUCCGUGGUGCGGCCAUUGCAAACGUAUGAAGCCUGAGUUUGCGACAGCCGCUGAUGAGGUCAAAGGUCAAUACGUGCUGGCAGGGAUGGACGUGGACAAGCCGGAUGCGUACAGUUUACGACAAGAAUUGAAUAUUACCGGAUUCCCGACAAUCCUCUAUUUUGAGAAUGGACAGAGAAAGUUUGACUAUUCUGGUGGGCGCGAUGCUGAGGGAAUAUUGGAGUGGCUCAAAGACCCACAAGCCUCCACUGAACCAGAGGAAGCAGAAGAAGAGGUCCCGUGGAGCCAAACAGAACCAAAUGUGGAGCACUUGAACACCUCGAACUUUGACAGUUUCAUCUCCUCCCAUCCGUCAGUGUUGGUCAUGUUCUAUGCUCCGUGGUGUGGUCAUUGUAAGGCCAUUAAACCAAAGUAUGCCGAGGCCUCCGUGGCCAUGAGGGAACAAGGAGUGGAGGGUGUGCUAGCUGCCAUUGAUGCUACGGUAGACAAAGAGAUUGGAGAACGAUACGAGGUCAAAGGUUAUCCAACCAUCAAGUACUUUGGUGCUGGAGAGCUCAAGUUUGACUACGGCUAUAAGCGUGAGGCAGAGGACAUUGUGGAGUUCAUGAUGGAGCCCAAAGAACCACCACCUCCAGAGAAGGACUGGACAGAACUGGACAAUGAGGUGGUCCACCUCACUGACGAGGAUUUCAAACCGUUCCUAAAGAAGAAGAAGCAUGUCCUGGUCAUGUUCUAUGCCCCGUGGUGUGGCCACUGCAAGAAAGCCAAGCCUGAGUACAUAUCAGCAGCUGAGGCCUUUAUUGAGGACAAGAAGACAGUGCUAGCUGCAGUGGACUGCACCAAGUACAAGACAGUGUGUGACCUCUACAGUGUGACUGGCUACCCCACUAUCAAGUACUUCAACUUUGGCAAGAAAGCUUCACCAUACAAUGGAGCUAGAGAUGUGGAUGGUUUUGUGACCUUCAUGAGUGAUCCAGCAUCUUUCAUUAGGGACGAACUUUAGGACUGACUGAUUAUUAUAUAUGAUUAUACGCGUAUAUAGGGAGAUUGCAUAUAAUUACGAAUGACUGGUGUAUUCUUUUUUUAUGCUGCCCUCAUUGAAAAUUGUAUUUAAAUAUGAUAA